UGCGCCGGCUAUAAGGAGAGGCGGGGGCCCAUCCCGCCGGGGAGAUGGUUGCUGGCCCGUGGUCCUUCUUCCUUAUUUUCAGCCUCUGAGGCGCCGCGUUGCUCCCCGGAGGACCCAGCCCUGUGCACCGAGUGCUCACCGCCUGGACCUCCCUGUCCCCUCUCGGUCCUCGUCUCCUGUGGAUGAGUCCGCGUCCCCGCGCGUCCCUGCCAUGGCCUUUCGCGCCGCGCCGCUAGCCCUCCGGAGCCCGAGGCGCCCCGGACCGCAGAUGCCGAUGCGCAGCGUAUAGCAGUGACCAGUCGUGUCUGCCGCAGUUUACGUUUACAGUAUUUAAUAUCGUAUAGUAUACAUAUUUAUUAGAGCAUCUGUGAUACCUCAUACUCUCAUCCUGUUUACACGCUUGAAAGCCGCGCAGCAGUGCUUGUUAGUUCAGGUCGCUGCUGUGGGGAUGGCGUCCACCGCCGCCACGCUGGUGGCCAGCACCGUGGCCGCGGCCAGCGGCCCGCUGGUGGACUACCUGUGGAUGCUGGUCCUGGGCUUCGUCAUCGCCUUCGUUCUGGCCUUCUCCGUGGGCGCCAAUGACGUUGCGAACUCAUUCGGCACGGCUGUGGGCUCGGGGGUGGUGACCCUGAAGCAGGCCUGCGUCCUGGCUAGCAUCUUUGAGACGGUGGGCUCCGUGCUGCUAGGGGCCAAAGUGAGCGAGACCAUCAGGAAGGGCCUGAUCGACGUGGAGAUGUACAACACGACGCAGGAGCUACUGAUGGCGGGCUCCGUCAGUGCCAUGUUCGGCUCUGCUGCGUGGCAGCUGGUGGCCUCGUUUCUGAGGCUCCCUAUUUCUGGGACCCACUGUAUUGUCGGUGCCACCAUUGGCUUCUCCCUUGUGGCGAAGGGUCAGGAGGGUGUCAGGUGGUCUGAGCUGAUAAAGAUUGUGAUGUCUUGGUUCGUCUCUCCGCUGCUUUCUGGCAUCAUGUCUGGAAUUUUAUUCUUCCUCGUUCGAGCAUUCAUCCUCCAUAAGGCGGAUCCAGUCCCUAAUGGCUUGCGAGCUUUGCCAGUGUUCUAUGCCUGCACGGUUGGGAUAAACCUGUUUUCCAUCAUGUAUACGGGAGCACCUUUGCUGGGCUUUGACAGACUUCCUCUGUGGGGUACCGUCUUCAUCUCGGUGGGCUGUGCGGUUCUCUGUGCCCUUACCGUCUGGUUCUUUGUCUGUCCCAGGAUGAAGAGAAAAAUUGAACGAGAAAUCAAGUGCAGUCCUUCAGAAAGCCCGUUAAUGGAGAAGAAGAAAAACUUGAAGGAAGACCACGAAGAAGCAAAAUUGUCUCUUGGUGAUGUCGAAUCCCAGAGCCCUGCUCCUGAGACGGGGCCUGCCACCGUGCCCUUGCGGGCUGUGGUGGAGGAGAGGACCGUGUCCUUCAAGCUGGGGGACUUAGAGGAGGUGCCGGAGUGCCAGCGGCUCCCUAGCCUGGACCUGAAGGAGGAGACCAGCGUGGAUGGCACUGGGAAUGGUGCGGUGCAGCUGCCCAGCGGGAACCUGGUCCAGCUCAGCCAGGCUGUCAGCAGCCAGCUGGCCGUCAGUGGCCACUCCCAGUACCACACUGUGCAUAAGGACUCGGGCCUGUACAAGGAGCUGCUGCACAAGCUGCAUCUCGCCAAGGUGGGCGACUGCAUGGGAGACUCCGGGGACAGGCCCCUGAGGCGCAACAACAGCUACACUUCCUACACUAUGGCCAUCUGCGGCAUGCCUCUGGACUCGCUCCGUGGCCGGGAUGGCGAGCCAAAGGGUGAGGAGAUCGAGAAGCCGACAUGGCCAGGUGCAGACAGCAGGAAGCGGGCCCGCAUGGAUAGCUACACCAGCUACUGCAAUGCUGUGGCCGACCUCCACUCGGCCUCUGAGGUGGACGUGGGCACCGAUGCCGAGACAGCUCUGGGGAUCAGAAAGGGAAGCAGCGGCUCUCUGGAGGAGUGGAACGACCAGGAUAAGCCAGAGGUGUCUCUCCUCUUCCAGUUCCUGCAGAUCCUCACGGCUUGCUUUGGGUCCUUCGCCCACGGAGGCAAUGACGUCAGUAAUGCCAUCGGCCCUCUGGUUGCUCUGUAUCUGGUUUAUGACACAGGAGAUGUGUCUUCAAAAGUAGCAACCCCAAUAUGGCUGCUGCUGUAUGGCGGUGUGGGCAUCUGCGCCGGCCUGUGGGUGUGGGGCCGGAGAGUCAUCCAGACCAUGGGCAAGGACCUGACACCAAUCACGCCCUCCAGUGGCUUCAGCAUUGAGCUGGCAUCUGCCCUCACAGUGGUGAUUGCAUCCAACAUUGGCCUGCCCAUCAGCACAACGCACUGUAAAGUGGGCUCGGUCGUGUCCGUCGGCUGGCUUCGGUCCAAAAAGGCUGUUGACUGGCGGCUCUUCCGCAACAUCUUCGUGGCCUGGUUUGUCACGGUCCCCAUUUCCGGUGUCAUCAGCGCUGCCAUCAUGGCGGUCUUCAAGUAUGCCAUCCUGUAGGCCUGAGGUCGAGGCGGGAACCGUGUCCAUGCUGGGCCACCUUGCAUUCCGCACCUUUGAGGGGUGACGAAGGUUUCAGAAGGCCUCAGGACAGUCUCUAAGGUGUGGGAGCUGUGGGAGGAGGUGUUGCUCGUGCUGCAAUUGCUUUUGUGCUUAAUACCAUGUGUCUCAAAAUUAGCUAAAUAGCCAGGUUUAUACUGGUUCCCAUUGGCUGUGACUUCCUGUACAUACUUCUCUACUUUUUGUAUCCAGCUUCCAUUCCAUUGUGUUUUGAUGUUGUCUCUAAAGAUAAUUUGUGAUUUUUUUUUUUUAAAAAAACACCAUUCAGAGCCGUAUGACAGUGCUCUGCUUGGUGAUAUCACCAGUUUCUGCUGCACACGCACAGGACUUAACAAAAAUAUGCCUGAAACUUUCCUGUAGUCGUAGAGAAGCAGUCACAUCGCCUUGCCUCCUGUCAAUGGGGGCAGGCUCUGCUGGCAUCCUUGGGAACUUGGGGGCAGUGUUCUUGGGUGCAAUGACAGGGCAUUGUGACUCUGCCAGCAGUCCUGACAGUGCUGUGGGGCAGCGAGAUGAAAGUCUGCUGCAGCCUGGUGGUCCUGGUUCCUGGCCGAGCGGGUGGAGGAGGAGGCGGGUGUGAGCUCGAGCAGGCUAGAUGCGCCGGCCUGCCAUGUCCAUCUGUCUACCUCUUCACUCAAUAAAAGGUCUACAGUUUUUAGAAA